GGCGUUGGUCGAGCACCCUGGAACACGAGCUGCGUGGAAGGACCGGAAAGGAGAAUUAAUGCCUGGAUUGAGGAGAAAGCUCUUCUGGGCGCCACGGCGCCGCUACGAUGGUUUCACUCGGACGUGAUUCCCUUCAAACCCGCCCGGGCGGAACUGAGUCGCUUCAGCUGCAAGUUGCCCUUCUUGGAUCAGAGACUGCUGACUCACUGCGUACAACUCACAAUCUGGCACUUCGCCGCCAGAUCGCAAUGUUAGUGCGAGUCCAUUUGACUCUUAUUCUUCAUUCUGGGCCUCGCAUCCGCGAUGUUCUCCGACUUCGCAACCGACCGCGGAGGCACCGUCUUUGUCGGUACGGCUCGAUGCAUUGCGGUUGUCACAGUCUGUGCGUCCAUCGCAAAAGUCCGAACGGACAUACGCGCUAUUCUCUUCACCCUCAAGUCGUUGCUGCAGAUCGUUGCGAGCGCAUCGCUAGCCAUGUCGUGGAUGAGCAUGAAAUCUGCCUUCGGCGCUUUCGAUCUACGGUACCGCCAAAUAGCGAUCGCCGAUUUGAUUCGUCUGAUAUUUCUGCUUGUCGUUGGGGUCGGGACACGAUCUAGCGGAUCGGACUUGCUUGUACGCGACCGCUGCGUCUUUUCUUCCUUCCACGCUUCAUCCCAUUUUCGCUGAUCGGGCUAUUCCAGGAUCACCAUCUCAGCGGAGAGCAAGCAGGCGGCGUACGUGCUGGACCACCUCGCGCCUACUGUCCACUGUUCUGUUCCGCUCAUCCUCUACCUUGUCAUCUCAUUGAGUGCAAGAUUCGACUUCGUACAGUUCAUGGUCCGCAGAUACGGUCCAGGGAAGCAGUCGACCUACAAGACCUAUGAGACGCAGAUC